CAUAAUUAAAAAUAAAUAAAUAAAAAGAAGAAAGAAAGAGAGAACGAAAAAUCAGAUUUUUCUGGCCCUGGGCUAUCCAUUUUGCUUCUUCUAGCUCGAACAUCGGCACCUCGAAUUCAGGACUUCACAUAAACCUGAAAAGAAGAACAAAACCGAAUAGAAAAGUAAGAAAGAAAAAUAGCCCUUUUUUGGAGUCCAGAGAAUGGCAAUGGCGUCAUGGAACAGUAGCCUUGGUUCGUAUCAAAAGCAGACGAUGGCGUUUGAGAUUUCGUGCAGGAAGAGAGACAGAGACAGAGACAGAGAACGGGGUAGCAUCCAUCCGUACAAAGUGGUUGAGAUUACUCCGCCGCCCAAAUGUCUUGGCGUUCGUUGCCUUCCUCCUCAGAACCUGCAGUGUGGGGAGAGUGUGACAAUUGAAGGACAAGGUUAUACAAUUUCAGCAGUAACACAUCGCUAUCAGCUUCGGAAGGGAAAAUACGAACCAAGCGAGAAAAGGCUUGAUGUUUUGUCCACUGGAAGAUACUUAGUAAAUCUUUAUUUGGAAAAUUUGUUAGAACAAUCUUGAUUAGUGCAUAUUUUCAAGUUCUAUUUUAUUAGUUUCAAUAUGUAAUUCCUUGCCUGUGUGUCAUAAUCAAUAUUAACAAACAAAUUUGUCUCUGUUUAAGUAUGAUAAUCAUCAUUAUUAAACUAAA